AUGCAGAGUCUCAGGCCUGAGCAGCUCCGGGGGCUGCUGGAGCCCGAAAGAACCAAGACCUUGCUGCCCCGGGAGAGCCGGGCGUGGGAGAAGUCAGCGCACCCCACCUUCACCAGGGACUGGGAGGCUGUGGAUGUCGGGGCCACCAGCUGUGACAGUGAUGAGAAAGAUCUGUCUUCUCCUGACACGGCGCUUUCCCAGGACUGGAGCUCCAUGGAUGAGGAAGACGAGUCUGAAGAUUCUCAG